CCAAGUGUUGAGAAGAAAUCCAGAGUUGAGGGCCAUCCAGGUGAUAAUACUAUGCUUGGAGAUAUUGAAUUUGUUCCAAACGAUGCCUGCAUAGUCGACCUUAGGAUGGGUGUGCCUAAUGAGGUUCUAGGCUAUUUUGGAGUUUCCAUUUCCAUCAGGGCUAAGAGACUAACCAGUCUUCAACAGGGAGCUGUGGGAGUUCAUACAGGGCUAUCAUUGGCUCACUCUUUAUGGGAAUAUUUUUCAAGUAUACCAUGUAUUUCCACCAAAGGCCCUCCUACGAGCCUGCUUUGA